AUCGUAUACGAUAACUUAGACCUUUGUCAAAGUAAUUUUUCUGAUAAUUGUGAAUAGCGACGCUUACUUUAACGAAUAACUUGUUGUGCAGAAAGCAUUUUCCAACAUCUGAGCGGCAAAUUAACCACACUCGAGGUAAGCCAAAAAAAAUAUAUUUCCAUCCAAAAAUAAAAUCUAUUCCAACAUAUUCGGCGAGUUUUGCACCACAUUUUUAGACCCAUCAAAACAAAGAAAAAUAAAAAGAAAAAAAGCAAAAAUCGUUAUACGAAAUGAUGUUUGCAAAUGAUGACGAUAUGGUGGAGUGUCCUUACAACAAUUCACAUCGCAUGCUUCGAAAGCGCUUGCAAUCACAUCUGCUGAAAUGUCGCAUUCAGUAUCCGGAUGUUGAGCUAAGAAAAUGCCCAUUUAACCUCUCGCAUUUGAUACCUGAGCCGGAAUUUACGCACCAUGUGACCAAUUGUUCAGAUCGUAAACUAAUAACUCAGUACAAAUAUGAUGCACCCGAUGAAGUUAUUGAAGAAGAACAUCCAAAACACGAACCAAUACAAAGCGAAGAAAACUGGGAUGAUACUGAUGUGCCCGAUUAUGAUCCAACAAAAUACGUAGAGAAAGCUGAUGUUAUUAGGCAGCCCCUUGGUCCUACGCCCUCUUUGCGUAAAGCCUUCAUAAAGGAAGAACGCAAACGUUUGGGAGAUGCGGACAGCGAUGAGGAGGAACACGCUAGAGGUGAAGAUUGCAUUAAUGAUGGCCAAUCUUUAAGAAACAACGCAGUUGUCAGUAAUGGCUCUAAUUUACGUCGCUCACCGGGAUGUAGACCAACAAACACAACUUACAAUUGUGAUGAUGAUCCCUACUAUAUCAGUGAACCUAUUCAACCUAAACAACGUUCACGCUCACGCUCACCACAACGGUCUUAUCGGGAUGGUUCUCCUGUUAGAGCAAAUAAGAAUCGUUUUACAAAGUCGUACCGAGAUCGUUCGCCUUCGGGUUCACACAGAUAUCGGUCGCCUUCCCGUUCACAUCGAGAUCAUUCGCCUUCUCGGUCAUACAGAGAUCGUUCCCCUCGCUCAUAUAGAGAUCGUUCGCCUCGCUCAUAUAGAGAUGGUUCUCCCACCCGCCAGCGAAGAAAUGACUCUAAGCGUUAUAGAGAUAGUUCACCAACUAGUAGUGGAAACCAAAAUCAUGGUCGUUACAACAGAAACUAUUGAAAACCAAGUGUCGCAAAUUUGAAUUUUAGAUUGGACAAUUUAUGAAACACACAUUUCCAUAUACAAAUAUUAACAAAAAACGUAGAAAGUUCUACAUUUAUUUUUUAGAUAUUAUUUAAAAUGAUAAAAGGUUAUCACUGUUAUUCACAAAACUUUAUGUAGAUUUUAAGGCUUCUUUAAGUUUUGUGAAUAGGGCCGUAUAUUUUGUAACGUAACAUGAUUAGUUA